GGGAUUUUCUCACGAGGAGCAGCAGCAGCCCGGCCCCAAAUCGGAGAGAAAGAGUGAGAAGAGAGGAAAAAGAGAACUGAAGCAAGCACAAGUGGAGGAAGAAAAUCAUUAUUCUGUGGGAGAAGCUUAGGGAAAAUGGACAACCUUACUGAACAUCAAAAAGUGCAAAUUGAUGAAAAACCAGAAUGUGGUUUCAGUCAGAUGGAGUACCUCACUAUCCAACAAAGAAUCCACACAGGUGAGAAAAGAUUUGAAUGCUUACAGUGUGGAAAGAGCUUCAAGCAGAAAGCCAACUUAAAUAAGCAUGAAAGGACCCACACAGGUGAGAAACCAUAUAAAUGCUCUGAGUGUGGAAAGAACUUUAGUCAAAAGGAGUACCUCACUAUCCAUGAAAGAAUCCACACAGGGGAGAGACCAUAUAAAUGUUUAGAGUGUGGAAGGAGAUUCUGUCAGAAGGAAUACCUCACUAUCCAUGAAAGAAUCCACACAGGGGAGAGACCAUAUAAAUGCUUAGAGUGCGGGAAAAGGUUUUGUCAGAAGGAGUACCUCACUAUCCAUCAAAGAAUCCAUACAGGGGAAAAACCAUAUAAAUGCUCAGAGUGUGGAAAGAGCUUCAGCCAGAAGACCAACCUUACUAGUCAUCAAAAUUGCCACACAGGGCAGAAACCAUAUAAAUGCCUAGAGUGUGGAAAGAGCUUCAAUCAGAAGGCCCACCUGACUAGCCAUCAAAAUAUCCACACAGGGGAGAAACCAUAUAAAUGCUUAGAGUGUGGAAGGAGCUUCUGUCAGAAGGCCAACCUUACUUCCCAUCAAAAAACCCACACAGGUGAGAAACCAUUUACAUGCUUGGAGUGUGGAAAGAGUUUCAGUAAGAAGGCCAACCUCGCUUCUCAUCAGAAAACUCACACAGGGGAGAAGCCGUAUAUAUGCUCAGAGUGUGGAAAAGGCUUCAGUCAUAAAGCCAAUCUUAAUACUCAUCUAAAUACCCACAGAGGAGAGAAACCAUAUAAGUGCUUAGAGUGCGGAAAGAGCUUUAGCCACAAGCCCACCCUUAACAGUCAUCAGAGGAUCCACACAGAUGAGAAACCAUAUAAAUGCUCUGAGUGCGGAAAGUGCUUCAAUCAGAAGGGCAGCCUUCGCACCCAUAAAAAUACCCACACUUGAUUCAGACGAGACACUUGGAUAGACUUAUGCCACUAACUGUAUUCCUAACCCUAACGUCUAAAAUCUAGAUGUGUUAAGGUGUCUAAGUGGGUUAUCUUGAUUGCAAAGGUUGUUAGGAAACCGAUCCCAGUGUGCUGACUGAGGGACUCAUUAGACUCUUCUUAAGGAAACUACGUUUUAGUCAGAUGUCCUGGGCUGUUGUGAAAUCUAUUCUUGGGCAAGGUGAUUGAGAAUCUCCAAAGGAUGAAUCCUUUCAGCCUUUCUGCUUUCAAAGAAAGUGAAGGGUCCCCUUUUGAUGACUAAAAUGUUGAGAUGAAUUGACUGAAAUUGAGCAAAAAAACCUGGCAGCCAGAAUGUUUUUUAGAGGAAGUUGAUCCACAUUAUGCAAUUCAGACAGGAUUUUUGGUGGGAAACUGCCUUGGUUGUUAUGUCAAAGAGGAAAAAAGAAACAGAACCCCGCUGCUUCUCCCCAACUUCUCAGUGGCUUUCUAGACCAUCCAGUGUAGCGUCUUUGAGGAACACUUUUUGGGAUUUGGGAUUCUGCUUUAGUAAAUCAGCUUCUUUUUGGGAAGAAGACCAUGGGAGACAUCCAACCUGAAUAAUCUGAUUCUAUUGCCUAUGCAUAUUAAUGCCUACACCAAAGGACUAAGAGAAAUAACUCAGAGGCAUGGAGUGUGAUAUCAUCAAUAACUAUUUAUUUAUUUUAUUGCAUUUAAACCUCACUUUUUCCCCCCAGCAGGGACCAAAGCGGCUUCCAACACUCUCCCAUUUUGUCCUCACAACAACCCUGUGAGGCAGAUUAGUGUGUGACUGGCUGAAGGUCACCCAGCAGGCUUCCAUGACAGAGUCGGGAUUUGAACCUGGGUUUCCCAGAUCCUAGUCCGACACUCUAACCAGUACACCACACUGGCUGUCAGUAUGUGGGCAACAUACAACUCCCCUUUUCAAUCUCCACAAAUGCACAUGCAUUUGGUUAAUAAUAGGAUUGGAUGAGGGUGUUUCCAGGCCAAACUUAAUUUGUGAUGUUAAGUGGACCAGAUGGAAAAUAGGAGCUUGCACUCAGCAUAAGAGAGGAAGUGGUCCUCUGGAGGGUUUCUGGACACGGUGUUGAGUGUUGCAUUCUCCAGUAUCAGCAGUGGCCUGGAGUUCCUUUUUUCGAAUUAUGGGAUGAUUCCCUGAUCUUUUUUCUGCUAAAGUCUCACUGUUGCCUCAAUGACCUCUAGAUUAGACUGCCUGGUCCUCUGCAUGGGACUGCCCUUGAACAGAAGGAUCCUUCAACUGUAGGAAGAUGAUCUUCAAACAGAACUGUGCAUGGUGUGUGUGCUUGCCUUCAUUAGUUAAUAAUGCCUAAUUUGAGUUUUGUUAAAGUGUUACCCAGUUUUUUCUGUCUUAGCGAGCUGCUGUGUGUUCCAGUUAAAACUGUGGAGACCCCUCGUGUUUAAUAACAUAAGAGCCCUGCUGGAUCAGACCAAUGGUCCACCUUGUCCACCAUCUUUUCUCACAGUGGCCAACCACUUUACUUUGGAGGACAAACAACGGGGCAUAUAUGUUUCCUCCUGGCACUGGUGUUGAGAGGUUUCCUGCCUCUGAAUAUGGUUUAGUCACUAUGGUUAGUAGCCACUGAUAGACCUCUCCUCCAGGAAUCUGGCUAAUCCACUUUGCUCUUGGCCAUGUCCGGCACUGAGUUUGCCUUUUUCACUGCUGCUGUUCUCACCAGGUUAUCAACGUUGACCCUAACAUUUCUUGUAAUGGAAUGAAUGCUUAUCAGCGUCUUAUUAGGCUUUCUAACUGUCCAGUGUCAAGAUUUAUAUCCUAACAUUUGGGUAGUUUCAAGGCCUUAGUUUUGAGUCCUAAAACAGGGAUCUGUCUUGGAGGGCCUGUCAAUUUAUAUGGGUUCCUCUUGCUUUUACUCUCUCAAGACAAACGGAGACUUUUCAUCAGAGUUUUCUGUUUAUUUUUUAUUGAAAUAAAUAUAUGAAAUGUAUAGGAUUUUCAAUAAGCACACAGAAAAAUACAAUUUUCUCACCUAGAUCUUCAUGAGAUUUCUUUCAGCAAGACCCUAGCUCCUUAUCUGGGUAGCAUAUUUUGUAGUAACGGACUCAUGAUAUCGUAAUGAGAAAUCUAAGCUGUUUCACAACUGAUCGCAGUAUAAAAUUACAAUUGGUUUGAGAUUUAAUUAAUUAUUCAGAUUUUCAAUCAUGUGACAUUCUACCUAGCCGAAAAAUGAUGUUUGUCCAACUGCAAGGUAAGCUAUAUAAAGAUGAUGGAAGAGUUAAGUGAGCAGGUCAUUAUGGGUCCAUCCUAACAGCUAGAAAAACAUCUGCUACUGUCUAGUAUUUUUAAUUGGCUGUCAAAGAUGAAAAGAACUUCUAUGAGGCUCUACAACCUGUUAAAAAAACUACAUUAAAAUUCAUGAAAAGUUCACUAGAAUACACACGUAUCAUUAAGGUAUAAUGUGCUUUAAUUCACAUUCCCGUCACACUCUUUCAGUCUCAUCCUGAUCAGACCCCAUCAGCAUAUACUUGGAUUUUUUGUUCCAAGUAUCACUUUUGUGUAUCACUUUAGAUUUAACUAGACAAACAGUGAAAUCCUAAGCAGAUACUCCAGUCUAAGCCCAAUGAUAUCAGUAAACUUAGACUGAAGUAACUCCGCUUAGGAUUUCACUGUAAAUUUGAUUUGCCAUGACGUUGUGUGUAUGUGGGUGUGUGGCGGGAGGGGAGCAUUUCUUUUGCUUCUCUUGCCUAGUAGAUUUUUGUGCUUCCUUCAACCUCUUUGCAGCCAACACCCCCCUAGCCAAUAAACUCAGUGAACUAUAAACUUUUCUGUCCUGUCCCGAACCAUCUUUUCCUGUCCCAACCUCAGUAUUCUACUAUUUGUACUUUUCUUGGAACGUCUCAUGGAGUAUGGAACAAUAUUUUAAUAAUUUACCAGUUCCUUGAUUUAUAGUCACUGGGUUU